GUCGCUCUUUCACCUCAGGUCUUUCGCGUCGCGAUACAAUGAGCCGAAGAAGUCCUACUACGUCAAUAUUGACAUAACGUCACCUAGGACGCUUCGAGUUACCUUGAUUUCAUGCUGCUAGUGGAGACCUGACAGAUGUGUUGCCACCAUGGAGGCUCCAGUUAACUUCCUAAACGCCUGCAUUGAGUCCAGUGGACUGUCUGUGUCUCUCAGCCUUUUCCUCAUCUUUCUGGCUCUUUUGUACUGGUAUUCAGUUUACCCCUUUUCUGUCCUUUCACGAUGUGGCAUCAAACAUCCAAAGCCUGUACCUUUCUUUGGUAACAUGUUCAGGUUUCACCAGGGUUUUCUCAACCCAAUCAGUGAUCUCAUAAAAACACAUGGGCGAGUUUGUGGGUACUAUUUGGGCCGGAGACCAGUGGUGGUGGUGGCAGACCCUGACAUGCUCAGACAAGUGUUGGUGAGAGACUUCAGCAGCUUUUCAAACCGAAUGACUCUGCGCUUUGCUACCAAACCCAUGACCGACUGUCUGCUAAUGCUGAGGAAUGAACGCUGGAAGAGGGUGCGGAGCAUCCUGACCCCGUCAUUCAGUGCUGCCAAGAUGAAAGAGAUGGUCCCACUCAUCAACACAGCCACAGAUGCCCUGAUGAAGAACUUGAAUGUGUAUGCUGAGUCAGGAGAGGCCUUUGACAUCCACAAGUGUUUUGGCUGCUUCACCAUGGAUGUAAUCGCCAGUGUGGCCUUUGCAACUCAGGUGGACUCUCAGAACAACCCACAUGACCCGUUUGUCCACCACGCUCAGAUGUUCUUCUCCUUUUCUAUGUUCAGACCCAUCAUGCUGUUUUUCAUUGCUUUUCCUUCCAUCAUGGCUCCUCUGGCGGGACUCAUCCCUAACAAAAGGCGAGACCAGAUGAAUCAGUUCUUCAUUAGCAGCAUUCAGAAAAUUAUCAAGCAGAGAGAGGAGCAGCCUCCUGAACAGAGACGUAGAGACUUCCUUCAGCUGAUGUUGGACGCUCGAAGCAGCAAGGAGCCUGCGUCUUCAGAACACUUUGACACAGCGAACCGUGACAACGAGCUGGAGCACCUGAACCAGCCCACCCAGCCACAGGCUUCAGAACACUGCCACCGUCAGCCACAGGAGCCACACACCAGGCGUCUACAGAAAAAGACUAUGAGUGAGGAUGAAGUUGUGGGUCAGGCUUUUGUCUUUCUGCUGGCUGGCUACGAAACCAGCAGCAACACUUUGGCAUUUACUUGCUACCUCCUGGCCAUUAACCCUGAAUGUCAGUGUAAAUUACAGGAAGAGGUGGAUGAUUUCUUCACCACACAUGAGUCACCCGAUUAUACAAAUGUCCAGGAGCUAAAGUAUUUAGAAAUGGUUAUAUGUGAAGCGCUGCGUCUCUAUCCUCCUGGAUUCAGGUUUGCCCGAGACAUCGAGCAUGACUGUGUGGUGAAUGGCCAGCUCCUCCCUAAAGGGGCGACGUUGGAGAUUCCAGCAGGUUUCCUCCAUUAUGACCCAGAGUACUGGCCAGAGCCCGAGAAGUUUAUUCCUGAGAGAUUUACACCAGAGGCCAAGGCCAGUCGACAUCAGUUCGUGUACCUGCCGUUUGGGGCAGGCCCCCGUAACUGUGUUGGAAUGAGGCUGGCUCAGCUGGAAAUUAAAAUGGCUCUAGUCCAUCUGUUACGCAGGUUCAAUGUUGUGGCCUGUUCUGAGACAAAGGUUCCUCUUGAAUUAAAGUCAUCGAGCACUUUAGGACCUAAAAAUGGGAUAUUUGUCAGAAUUACAAGAAGAGUCCUGGGAGGAGUUAAUAUGUCUUCACCAGCCAUGUAAGACAAGAAAUGGAAACCUCCAUCUCACUUUUUAAAUAUUCUUGCCGCAUAUAACUACUCCUACUACUACUACUAGUAGUAAAAACAUUUGGUGAUAAUGAAUAACUUUUAAUGAUGUGCUGUUCUGAGAAGCUUAUAAGUAAAAUGGAGUUAAAAUGAUUCAACAACGGAUUAUUAUGUUUCUGUGAAACAGUAUGUACCUUAUAUUCUAGUAAUAAAAAGAUCAUGAAUAAAUAUUGCUGAAGAUUAAAAA